GCCAGCAAGCAGUCAAUGUCGCUCGACUUCCUGCUUCUGAGUUUCUUUUGUUUUUUGUUUUGUAUUGUUGUCUGACUGCGUCCCUCAGCGACACCCACGCAAGCCUCCUUGCAGCCCGGCAGGAUACAACUUUUUGUCGGGGACAAGUCUCACACAGACUCAUCGGGCAAUCAUGACGGAAUCUGUGAGAACUUUCUAAAAAGCCGGCUUUAUUGGACCAUGUCGCUCCCGGAGGAGGACCUCACUUGCCCCAUCUGCCACGAGAUCUUCUCCGACCCGGUGGUGCUGUCGUGCAGCCACAGCUUCUGCAGGCGAUGUCAGGAGCGCUGCUGGGACGCGCGCCUCCGCGAGUGUCCCGUGUGUCGGAAGAAGACCUCCAAGUCCAGCCACUUCCCCAACCUGGCCCUGAAGAACAUCUGCGAGGCCGUGGUGCAGGCCCGCAGGGAGAUGGAAGAGGCGGAGGAGAGGCUGAUGUGUCCCCUGCACAGGGAGAAGUAUAAGCUCUUCUGUCUGCGGGACAAGGAGCCCAUCUGCGUGGUGUGCCAGUGCUCCAAGGCGCACAAGGACCACCAGUGCUCGCCCGUAGAGGAGGCGACGACCGACUGCAAGGAUAAACUAAACGAGACCCUCAAGAGCCUGCAAGACAAACUGGACAAGCUCAAGACCCUCCACAAGUCCUCCGCCGACAUGCUCAAGCACAUCAAGGAUCAGUCGGCGGAGACUCGGGAUCUGAUCCGGGCUCAGUUCGAGGAGCUCCGGCAAACGCUGGGCCGGGAGGAGGCGGCCCGGCUGGCGGCGGUCAAGAGGGAGGAAGAGGAGAAGAUGGCGGCCACGAACGACAAGAUGAAGCAGAUGGCGGCCGAGGUGCUGUCUCUGACCGAGAGCGUCGGCGCCGUCCGUCGGCUGCUGGAGGAAGACGACGUGGACUUGUUGAAGAAGUUUAAAGAUCACGAGGACAGAAACGCAACGCUGGGCUCAAACAACAUGUGCGGCGUCCUCAUCGACGUGACCAACCAUCUCUCCAACCUCAAGUACAGAGUGUGGGAGAAAAUGCUGGAACAUAUUGAUUACACCCCCGUGACCUUGGACCCAAACACAGCGCACCCUUGCCUCAUCCUGUCCGACGACCUCACUUCCUGUCACUACAAAGACCAGAUGAACAGUUUCCCCGACAACCCGGAGCGCUUCCACUUGAGCGCCGAGGUGGUGGGCGCCGGCGCGCUGGGCUCGGGGAGCCACCGCUGGGUGGUGCAGACGGGAAGCAACCGGGACUGGCUCCUGGGCGUGGCCUCGUCGUCCAUCCCCAGGGACGCCGAGGUCGACGCCAGGCCCGAGAACGGCUUCUGGACGCUGUGCUUCAGGGACGGCCAAGUCAAGGCCAUGACCUCCCCGCCGACGCCGCUGGCGGUGUCCAGGACGCCGGAGCGAAUCAAAGUGCACGUGGAUUACGACAAAGGCGCCGUGAUGUUUUGGGACGCCGACGACGACUCGCUGAUUCACGCGUACGAGCACAACUUCGCGGAAACGCUGCUUCCUUACUUUUACACGCAGAGCAGUCAUCCGUUGAGAAUCCUGCCGGAGAGGGCGCUUGUCACGAUGCUGAGGCAAUGAGCUUUUCAAUGCAGCGCUACCUUAGACUCCAUUUUACGUUGGGGAUUGCGCUUGCCGCCAAAUAGCACUCGGCCCAACGACGGCUCACAACUUGUAAUUUGUUGCGCUCGUAAGUCAGGGUACCAUUGUACUUGGAAUAUUACACGGUGGGAACCUCGAUUUUAAUUCCCUUUGAAUUUAACCUUUCCGAAUUUGACCACAAUUUUUUUUUGGGG